AUGGAUAGUUCAACUGAAUAUGGCAUAUCUGAAUCUAAUAAAUAUCGUCAACAUUUAAUAAAAGGUCAAUAUUCACCAACAAGUUCAACUCGUAAAAUAAAUUUAUUACUUCAACGUUCACUUCGUUAUUCAUAUCGACAAGUAACGCGACUUUUUAUUUUUUCAUUAUAUCUAUUUACGCUAACGCUUGAUUUAAUUACAUCAGUAUUUAUCUUAUUAAGUCGUUCAAAAUUCGGACAAAUAUUUCGUAGUCGACUAUUUUUGAAAAAUUCUAUUAUUAGUCUAAUGUUUGAAAAUAUUAUAACAACUAUUCUACAAAGUUCAUCUACUGUUACAUCAAUUAUUGUUUCAAUGGUUGGUAGUGGAAUUGUUGGUGAUGCUCAUUCAGUUAUUCCAAUGCGGACAUUAUUCUAUGACAUAAUAAUUAUAAAUUUACUAACUUUAUAUUUUCUUUUUGUUUAUUAUUUAGCAGCAAAUAUAAGUAGACCAAUUGAAUGUACGUGA